UUUUUUUUAAAUUUUUUGAUGCGGUUGUCCAACCCUCUUUGUCUAUUCUUGUCAUCUUUAAAAUGUUCAAAAACAGGUUUUGGGCCUUAUCGGAUGCAUAGAGUAGGCGUCCAUUUUGUCGGAACUGAGCCUUCUGUAUUGAAAUACCAUCAUCUCCACGAUAAAAAGCCGGAAAUGCCUUAUGGCAUUCAAGGAACAAAUCAUCUUUUGCCAGGAUUUGGAAAAGUUCACUCAAAGUUACCUACAAAGGCAUUAUUGAAGAAAGAUAAGGUCUAUACUUGGUGUAGUUGUGGUUAUUCCGGAAGUCAGCCUCUUUGUGACGGCACUCAUUUAACCGUUUAUUUGCCCAAAUGGGCUAUUAAACUUAAACCUGUGCGUUUUAUUCCAGAUAGAGAUAUGGAAGUGUGGUUAUGUAAUUGUAAACAAACAAAAAAUAGGCCUUUUUGUGAUGGUUCCCAUAAAAUAUUGUUAAAGGAAGAAAAAAAGACUGCUUUAUCCGAUGAUUGA